AUGUCUCAAGAUUCUAAAGGAUUUAUAGCUGCAUUAGAUGUGGGAACUACUACUAUAAAAUGUCACAUUAUUAAUUCUAACGCUAGAUCUGUUGGAUUUGCUACAGAAAUUGUAAAACUGCAUUAUCCCCAGCCUGGUUGGGUUGAAAUAGAGCCUAACGAGUUUUUUGAUAGUAUUUUAAAUGUGAUACGUCGAGCCAUCAAAAAUUCCAAUAUUAGUAUUCUUCAAAUACAGUCUUUGGGUAUAUCCACUCAACGAGCUUCUUUUAUUACUUGGAAGAGAGACACUGGAGAACACCUACAUAAUUUUAUAACAUGGAUGGACCUUAGAGCAAGCAAAUUAAUCAAAGAACUAAACGUUUCAGUAGCGACAAUUGCUUUAAGAUGGGCUGCCUAUUUCAUUUACUUAGGCACUUGCAAUAAGAAAUUUGGAAUGGCAAGCAAAUUUCAAGUUAGAAAUAAUCAUGUUUCUGGCAGAUUUUUAUGGGUUUUGGAAAAUUUAAAACCUGUUCAAGAAGCUCUAAACUCCGACAAUCUUAUGUUUGGAACCCUCGACACUUGGUUGAUAUACAAAUUAACUGGAGGUGUCAAUUACGUUACUGAUAUUACGAACGCUAGUGCAACUGGUUUUUAUGACCCAUUUGUACUAGAUUGGGGUAUAAUUGCUAAAUCUCUUCGUAUACCGACUUAUUUUAUGCCUACAGUUGUUAGCAAUGAUUACGAUUUUGGAGAAACUGAUGAGAAAUUUUUUGGAACAAAAAUAAACAUCGGAUGUGUGAUGGCAGAUCAACAAUCUUCAGUGAUCGGCUCAUGUAGUUUUCUAGAAGAUGAUUUGAAACUAACAAUGGGCACAGGGGCUUUUUUGAAUGUGAAUACAGCUACAACCAUCCAUCCAAGCUUAAAUGGAAUGUAUCCUUUAGUAGGAUAUCAAAUAGGAAAAGAGUUAAUAUAUGUUUCUGAAGUACCCUGUACAGAUGCUGGUUCCAUUAUUCAGUGGUUACUACAUUGUGGACUGGUAGAUAAUCCGUCCAUAACUGCAGAUAUGGCAAGCAGUGUUGAAGAUACUAAGGGUGUUUUCUUUGUACCAGCUUUUAGUGGGUUAGGCCCUCCAAUAAAUAACGAUGAAGCUGCCACUGGGUUUAUUGGUAUAAAACCUACUACUCAGAAGGAACAUUUGGUUAGAGCAGUACUAGAGAGCAUUGUUUAUCAAAUUGUCAAGACUGUAGAUUUAUUAAAGACUGAAAGAAUUGGAGAUUAUCGUUCUAUAAGAGUUGAUGGUGGUCUGUCCGAGAAUAAUUUUAUCUGUCAAUUGCUAGCAGAUCUUACCGAUUUACCAAUAAUUAGGUUGUACAUGCCAGAUAUUGCAGUUUUGGGUGUUUCCUAUGUAGCAGGUCUCUCAUGCGGAUUUUGGAGUAGCAAGGGAGAUUUUGAGAAGCACUGCGACAUAUCUCAUACUUUUAGGCCUGCAGAUUCUACAAUAUACAAAGAUAAUUGUAGAGAAAUAUACAAAAAAUGGUUGUUAGCAGCAGAUAGGUUCAAAUCUUGGUACAAAAAAUAA